UUAUUAAGUGAGCUAGCUAUCAACCUCGUAUUUAUUGUGCAUAAUUUUGUAGUUAUCAUGUUAUUGUUAAUGAUUCUAUCACGUUAUUUAAUAUUUCUAACAUCGUCUUACACUUUGCUCCUAAAAUGAUAAAAAAGAAAAUCAUAUUCUUUGAUGGUUUUGAAUAAUUAUAUACGAGAUUAAUAUUAUAAGACAUAUAUUAAAGUAAUUCGUAGGUUUUUUGAAUAGAAUUAUGGCCAUGUAAAUUGAGGAAUUAGUUAACUUAUUCCCACGCGUUGUUGACAAGAGCUGAAAUUAGAAACCCAGUUUUCAUGUGAAGCUGCUCUCCAAUGGUGUCCUUGUAUAGCACUGGAUUGGAAUUGGGCAAUCUAUUGGUAGGAUCAGACCUAUUAAAUCAUUCAUGGGAUGCAAUUUCAAAGCUUCAAAAAGAUGUGGAUCAGAACCCAUCUCUUCCCUUUUCUGUUAAAUACCAAGUUCAUGAAUAUCCACCAGCAAAGGGUUCUAUUAUCGCUUUUGUAUGCUCACCCAAUUGUGAUGUAAAUCAGUUGCAAGAAGAAGAGUUUAGAGAGCUUGUUUCUUCUGAUGCAAUUACGUCUUUUGAUUUUCUCUGCACUAAAAGUAACAGUUCCGUUUCCCUUCAUAAAGCUGCUUUUACCCUUUUUGCUUCUCUUGAGAAUGAGCUCUCUCUUCUCAAACAGCAGUUCACCAGCCACCAGCCUCUAAUUGUAACUGGACAUUCUGUGGGAGGAUCUGUUGCGUCUCUAUUCACUUUGUGGCUGCUUGAUAGCCUUCCCAGAUAUGGCGUGCAGCGUCUCCUCUGCAUUACUUUUGGCUCUCCACUUCUUGGUAACAAUGGCUUUCAAAAAGCCAUAUCAGAGCGUUCCGCCUGGAGUUCGUGCUUCUUGCACGUGGUCUCAGACAAAGAUCCAAUUCCAGGUUUUCUGAUCCCAGAGUCAGACCAUAAUGCCUCCGCUGCUACCUUGACUACUCCGACCUGUUACAUGCCAUUCGGUAUCUAUCUCUUCUGCUCCGAAUCAGGUUUCUCUUGCUUCGAGGAACCACAAUCGAUUCUGGAGUUGUUGAUGAUAAUGAGCUCAAGAUGUGCUGAAAGUCAAAACCCAAGCAACUGCUCUCAGGUUAUUGAUUAUGGACAUAUCUUGGAACAUCUAAGGAGCAAAGCUAUUUGCAGGGGAAUCGUAGAACUGCCUGACUCAAUAGGCAAUCCACUUCAAGCAGGAACCUACCUAUUGCUAGAAGCAGCUGGAGUUGGAAAGUUACAGGAAGAUGUUGACAUGAGCUAUCUUGCAACGGAUAUUGCGAAAAGGGCAGAGGUUCAGGCUAAACACAGGCAAAAUAUUUUUGAUCCUUCCAAGAAACUAAGUACACUUAAAAAGUCCAUGUCUUACCUGGAAUGGUACAUGAAGAACUCUUUGGAAGAGGCUGGGUAUUAUGACAAAUAUAAGCUCAGACGUUCUAGAAGCAGAGACGAGAUUGAAAGCACAGAACAGCUUAUCAAGCAUCACAGAACUUUGAAACUGUUCUGGAAAAGAAUGGUAGUUGAAGUAGAAACGAUGCCUUGGAAAGAGGGGAGAAAUCUCCGAAAGCGUUGGCUUUAUGCAGGAACAAACUACCGAAGGAUGGUUGAACCACUCGACAUAGCAGAGUAUUACUGUAGGGGGAAGAAAGAUUAUACAAGUCAUGGAAGAUCGGAACACUAUAAACUAUUGGAGGAAUGGUUAACUGAUGAAAAUCUUCAUGCAUACCAGAGAAGUCAAGCCUCUAGUCUUACGGUUGAUUCUUGCUUUUGGGCUUAUGUUGAGGAAGCUGUGAUUUCUUGUGAAGUGUUGAGGGAUGGACCAAGUAGCUCACAAGACCAAGAAUCAGCUAGAGAAAACCUGAUCAAAUUUGAGCAGUAUGUAGUGGACAUGAUUAAUAACUUCUUGGUAUCUCCUGAGAUUUUCUUGCCUCAAAGCAGCUUCAUGCGGUGGUGGAAAGAGUAUUGCAGAGUAGUAGGAGAUUCAUAUACUUCAACCUUGAGUAAUUUCAUGAAGGAUGACUUUCGUAGAUAUGCUUAGCAAAUUAUAUCUGUAUAGGAGAUUUGUUCAGAAAGCAUAUCCUAGUUGUAAGAGCACCUUUUUCCCCCCUCGUUGAUUGUGUGAAUAGUUGAGUAACAAGCAAUAACUCAUAAGUCUCGACUUAGAACUAGCUAAGUACUUUUCCUUUGGUUUUCUUUAACCUGUAACUGUAUAAUUAAGUUGCCAAAAUGCUUAAUUGCACUGCAAAGUAAAAUUGUAUCAUGUAAUCAAAAUGAUUUGGCUUUU